AUUCAGACUUUGCUACUUGCUAGGAAGGACAGCAUACUGUAGUCUGCUUGCUGCUCACCUACCGUUUCUUGGUGGCUGGACAGAUAGUUUUAGGAAAAGACAACUGGCAUUUUGAAGUCAGUCGAGAUUCGUUUUAGUCCUAAAAAGCGCUUGUCAUGCCAGUGUUUGUGGAGGACCCCGCUCAGUUCUCCAAGCAGAGACUUAAGUCAGAGUUAGUUGCCAAUAACAUCACGCUGCCUGAUGCAGAGAGCAAAAAGCAAGUUUAUUUGGAUCUUUAUUUGACACACAUUGGUCAAAAAAGAGCAGCGGAUUUCUCUAGCGAUGAGGACGACGACCAGGUGCAAGACGUGGGACAAGAGGAAAAGACAAAAGACCCAGAAAUGUUGGACUCUAAGGGAUUGACCGAUGAUGAGCUCAAGGCCUCACUGCUCAAACAUGGAGUCAGAGCUGGACCUAUAGUUGCCUCCACCAGGGCCGUGUAUGAGAGGAAGCUGGAAGACUUACUCCAACCGGCUAGUCAACCAAAGAUGAAUGGCACAGGAGACACUGGCCAGUACUCUGACAGCGAAGAGGAAGAGGAAAUAUCAGUUUCAGAACAAGCAGGACUAGAGACAGCAUCACACUUGGAUCAAAACCAGAAAGAAGACAGACAAACAGGGUUGAACUCUCAGAAUGGUGACACUUUUUACCCCCAGUGUUUUAUACCGUCAUCGAGACUGCGAGCUAGGAAGCAGCCGGGACGCUGGAAAUCCAAUCCCAGGAGGAAUGCAAGAAAUGUGGUGGAGUGGUGUCGGGCUCCCCCCUUGUCGCCCCUGGUGCUGAGUAAGACCUCAGUGGGCCAGCCUAAAGGAGCACGACCAGGGGUAUUGCCUCAGUGUGGUGUUUUGAUUGGUAACCGUGAGGACCCCUCCUCUUCCUCCUCUCAGACCUUCAGUAUCACUCAGAUGGUAGAGGAGAUUGAGAGUCGGUGCCCUCUCUCCACUAGAGCAGAAAGAGAGAGGGGGAACAGUGGGAGUGAUAUGGAGAGAGCUUGGCCAAGGUCGCACAGGGAGCCAGUCACAGAUGUCCUCAUGGAGAUAUUCCCCGAUACAGAGCCCACGCCCACUGGUAUAGUUGCAACCCGGCGGAGACCUAUAAAGGGUGCAGCAGGACGUCCGGUCCAGUUCAAGUACCCGGACACCCCCCUCAGUCCCACCACCAUGGAGAGACAGGAGCUGGAGCGUUUCCUCGUUCCUCGCUGGGUCCAAGUGGUGGUCUUCCUCAGCAUUGUCUGCCUCCUCUACUUAAUCUAUGCUUGUGGGGAGGACAGUAUAGACAAUCCCUUUGGGGCCUUCCUGGAAAACCUUAGCCUGAAGACAGGAGAUGUUGAGGUGAGCCUGGAGACUGGAGUUGAGGAGAGACUGUUGCUGAAAGCCGAGCCUGCGGACACACAGGUCCUAGACCCCCUUACUGGGCAGGAGUAGGCCCGUACUCUGUUGGCCUGUUUAGCCUUCUCUUCAUCAUCUUCCUUGUUGGGUUUUAAGUGAUGAAGACCUCUUGUUUGGUUUGUUCUCCAAUGCACUUGGUAAAGUCACAGCUCACAGCAAGCCAAAAAUACCUCACCUUGCCUCAGUACCUCACCGUUGUUACUGGAAAUGUAGAAGUGAACGUACUGGAGAGUUCAGUGAGAGUUCAGUGCAGCAGUGUUUUUGAAUAAACAAUAUGUACUGUGAUGUAUUUAUCAUAAUCCCAUGAGUUAUGUUACUGGUUGAGCUUCAAAAUGUAUUCUCAUGUGAUGAAGGUAUUUAUGCAUUGUAUGUUUUUAUGUCAAUAUGUUUAAGACUGGGACGAUGUCUUUGGUGUAUUUGAACCGAGGACAUUUAUGAUUUAUCUUAACCUACUUGUUUGUACUUGGUGUCUUUUUUAAAGAAUAGUUUGUUGUGUUUGUAUUUCAAUAAAGAUGUUGGUUUCA